CUUCACCUCUCAUCUCUGAGACGCGACGACAUCAGGCUGGCUUCACGAUGCCUUCAAUAGUCGCAGUAUAUGCUAUGAAGACAUCGCUAUUGUCCCCUUGAGAUGAGCUCAAUUGAUCAAGUGGAGGAGCAACCUCCAUUACAACCAACAGAGGAACCUUCAGGAGCUGAAAAGGAAACAAAUCAUGUCAGCAGAGAUACCUCUGAAACUGCAGAGGACGAUGCUUUCAAAACCCUCAAAUAUUCCCUUCUGGGACCAUCGCUACUAAAAGCAGGUCAAGAUACGGUUGAUCAAACAAAGGUUUCUGAAAUCAUCUACAACGCUUCCAAAGGAUCCAAAUUCUUCAAUCGCGAAGAAGAACGAGACAAGGUCCUCACCCAGAAGAUCGAACAAAUUAUCGCGCGAAAGGCUCAACUCGAGAAGAGGGAUCUGACUCGGGACUUGCGCAAUGCAGACCGUCUCAUUGCCGAACUUGAACUCACUCGCGACCUCACUCAGCACAUCGUUCAUGUGGACUGUGAUGCAUUCUACGCAGCUGUCGAGCAACUUGAUCGCCCGGAAAUAAAAGACCUCCCUUUCGCAGUUGGUGGCGGCGUUUUGACCACUUGCAAUUAUGUUGCGCGCAAGUUCGGCUGCCGAUCAGGCAUGGCUGGCUUUGUGGCCAAGAAAUUAUGCCCAAGCUUGAUCUUGCUAAAGCCAAACUUUCAGAAAUACAAUGCAAAAGCGCAUGAGGUGAGAGAAGUUCUGGUCAACUACGAUCCCCGGUUCGAGAGCGCUAGUAUCGAUGAGGCAUACUUAAACAUCACCGAAUACUGCCAGGAACACCAGAUGGACCCAGCGGAGGCCGUUGAACACAUGCGGCGAGAAAUCCAUGAGAAGACAAAUAUCACUGUCUCUGCUGGCAUUGCUGCUAACGCCAAACUCGCAAAGAUCUGUUCAAACAUGAACAAGCCCAAUGGGCAAUACGUUUUAUCUAGCGAUCGGCCAACAAUCAUGGCCUUCAUGCGCGACCUACCUACCCGGAAAGUCAAUGGUAUAGGGAGGGUCCUCGAGAGAGAACUGCUAGAGAUUGGUAUCAAGACUUGUGGUGAUUUCUACGAGCACCGACAAUAUCUCAACCCACUGUUUGGUGACAAAACCUCAGAGUUCCUGUUCACAUGCUACUUAGGUCUUGGUCGCACCAAAAUUCAGCCAGCAGAAGAGUAUGAGCGCAAAAGCGUUGGCACUGAGAGUACAUUCCGCGAUAUGUCGGAUCCUACACAGCUGAGAGAAAAAUUACGAGCAACAGCGGAGGAGUUGGAGCAGGACAUGAAGCGCGCUGAGUGUAAAGGCCGUACACUCUGUCUUAAAGUUAAACUUCACACGUUCGAGGUCCUCACUCGGCAGGUCGUCCUUCCAAGAGCUAUAUGCCUUGCAGACGACCUAUACAACUACGCUCUGCCUAUUCUCACCAAGCUGGAACAAGAAAUGCCCAGCAUGAAACUUCGGUUGAUGGGUUUGAGAUGCACACAUCUCGUCAGUACCAAAAAACCUGAUGCCAUGGCCUUCUUCGGCUUUCGGCCCCGAAGGACAGACUCAGAAGACCGCCCGCAAGACGGAACCCUGAAAAGAAAAGCGAGUGAUGAUGACGGAGAAUGGGAACAGUGGCCAGGAGCCGAUCUUCAACUUGACGACCCGGAUGGCCUGCUUGAGGGCUCUUCUAGUAACCAGGACUCUCCAGAUCAAUCACUAGGCCGAAGACACGGCAAGGAGAUCGCCCCUAAUCCUACAAAAGAGAACGCUGCAGAGGAGCAGUGGUGGGACUGUCCCAUCUGCAGCAGACCGCAAGCGGCCGAUGAGCGGCACUUCAAUGAACAUAUAGACCUUUGCCUAUCGAGGCAGACAAUUCGUGAGGCUGUACAGGCAGAUGGCCCGUCAAUAAAACGUGACCCAACGCCCGAAAUCAAGAAGCCACGGACGACAGAGAAGAAGAGAGGGAGGCCGAAGGUGCCUGAUCCGAAGCAGAGACAGCUGUUCUUUGGAUAGUGUAAAUGAUAUGAAUUUGAUGAAUGAAUGAUGCAAACAGGUCUAUGAUAUAACAUUGUCUAAAUAUUCGUCUAACGUUGUUUUGCAUUUCCGUUGGUCAACCCAAAUCUAUCGUGUUUCCAAAUCCGUGAACGCCUGGCCCGUAUACAUGCGAUGUGCAACUUUACAUGACUCUAGACUCUCGGCUAGCUAUCCUAUUCAUCGUCUUUGUCCUUCUGAUCUUCGAGUCUUCUUCCUCUUCACGUACCAACUUCUCUCCUGGCAAUCUAACAGCCUUGUCAAGCGCAACAGGGAGACCUCGAUGUCGGCCUCUGAGGAUCACCAAGCACAACACAAACUUGCUGCCUCGGUGCAUGCCUCCAGCCAUGCUGUAGCUUUUUCCUGGUAAGCCCAUGGACAAACCAACGCACCCAUAAGCCGAAACGACCUCAAACAACACAUUAAAAACACUGUAAACAAGAGGUUGUUCAAGGAAAUGGUCGGUCUCGAUGAUCAUGAUAACGAUGACCGGGAGGAUAAGCCACCACAUAUCGUGAGCAAGCUGUCCACGAAUCUGCUGUCCAAUGAAAGAGAUGCGAGAGUUAUCGUCUGGACCUUUGGGCGGAGGUCGCACGCCAACGCCAUGGAAAGUCAUGGAUUUCUUGACCGUCUUUUGAGCUGCAGCUGUGACUCUUCGUCGCAGUGCAGGCUUUUCUGGUUCCUCUGAGAUCGUGGGCAGAAGGUGGUUUCCAUUCUCAUUUCCGUUUCCGUUUCCAUUCUCUGCUUCCAAAACUUGAGGGUCAUCCUCGUAAAUGCCAAGGGAUCGUUCCUCAUAAACG